GGCAGCGCUUCUAGGCAGCGCGGCUGACUGGCUGGGGCUUUCCGGGGGUGCUGGCCGCCUGCCCGCUGCGCCCGGCUCCUCCUCUGCCGCGGCCCCGCCCCGGGGCCACUCCCGGUCCGUCGCCAGCCCCGGCGCGCAGUCCCGGGCCCCAGCAGCCCUCGCCAUGCACCCCGCUCGCUGGGCCUGGCUGGGCGCCGCGCUGCUGCUCCUGGCCGACUGGGCACUGCUCCGGCCCGCGCUGCCCGCUGCGCUCUCGCUGCUGCCGCCCGGUGCACCCCCGCUGCUCCGGGUCUGGGUGCUGGGCUUGUGCCGCUGGGCUGUGCUGGGGCUGGGAGUCCGCGGUGUCCUGCGGGCAGCGGUCGACGCCCCCAUCCGCGGAUGGCUGGGUGCCCUGGAGCCCUUGGCAGUCGCGCUGGGGCUGGCCUUGCCUGCCCUGGCGUCGUUGCGACAGCAAGUGUCCUGGGGAGCCGGUGGGGACGCCGACGGCACUCGAGCGCUGCACUGGGGAAGCCGCCCCGACGCCUUUGUCCUCAGCUAUGCUGCGGCCCUGCCGGCUGCUGCCCUGUGGCACAAGCUUGGCAGCCUCUGGGUGCCCAGUGGGUCUGGCGGCACCUGGAGCAAGUUGCGCAGGUUUCUAGGCCUCCUGGGCCCUGAGCGUCGCCGCCUCCCGCUGAUCCUGGCCUUGCUGACCCUCUCCUGUCUGGGGGAGAUGGCCAUUCCGUUCUUCACUGGCUACCUCACCGACUCGAUGCUACAAGACACGACAGCCUCUGCCUUCACUUGGAGUAUCACCUUCAUGGCUGUCAUCACCGUAGCCAGUGGGCUGAUGGAGCUCGUCUGUGAUGCCAUGUACCAGAGCACCAUGGGCUGCAUAGUCAGCCAGUUACAUGCAGAGGUGUUUCAGGCCGUGCUGCGCCAGGAGACGGAGUUCUUCCAGAAGAACCAAGCAGGUGUCAUCACAUCCCGGGUGACAAGUGACACGGCCACUGUGUGUGAGUCUCUGAGCUCCGAGCUGUCCAUCCUGAUGUGGUACCUGAUGCGAGGGCUGUGGCCCUUGGUGUUCAUGCUCUGGAAGUCACUGACUCUCACCGUGGUCAACCUGGCUGCCCUGCCUCUGCUGUUCCUUUUGCCCAGGAAGCUGGGAAAGUGGAACAAGUCCCUGGAGGUACAGGACCGCCAGUUUCUGGCAGAGUCCAACCAGGUGGCCAUGGAGGCCCUGUCAGCUAUGCCUACGGUCCGGAGCUUUGCCAGCGAGGAGGGCGAGGACCAGAAGUUCACAAAGAAGCUGGAAGAAAUAAGGAUGAUUAACCAGAAGCAAGCUAUGGCCUAUGUUGUUGACUUCAUGACCACUAGAGUCUCGGGCUUGCUGCUGAAUGUGGGCAUCCUGUACAUUGGUGGGAAGCUGGUGACAGGCGGGGCCAUCAGCAGUGGAAGUCUGGUCACAUUUGUUCUCUACCAGAAGCAGUUCACCUCAGCCGUUGAGGUACUGCUGAGUUACUAUCCCCGGAUGCAGAAGGCGGUGGGCUCCUCCGCAGAAAUAUUUGAAUACCUGGAUCGGACUCCUCGGUGCCCACCCAGCGGUUUCCUGAGUCCCUUAAGCCUGGAGGGCCAUGUCCAGUUCCAAGAUGUAUCCUUUGCUUACUCAAACAAUCCGGAUGUCUUGGUGCUGCAGGCAUUGACAUUCACCGUACAACCUGGAGAGGUGACAGCCCUGGUGGGACCCAAUGGCUCUGGGAAGAGCACGGUGGCUGCGCUGCUGCAGAAUCUGUACCAGCCCACGGAGGGCCAGGUGCUGCUGGACGGGAAGCCCCUUCCCCAGUACGAGCACCACUAUCUGCACAGACAGGUGGCUGCUGUAGGGCAAGAGCCUCAGCUGUUUGGAAGAAGCCUUCGGGAGAACAUCGCCUAUGGCCUGACCCAGGAGCCAACGCUGGAAGAAGUCGAAACUGCAGCACGGAGUUCUGGCGCCCACGGUUUCAUCUCUGAGCUCCCACAGGGCUACGACACAGAUGCAGGUGAGUGUGGGAACCAGCUGUCAGGAGGUCAGCGCCAGGCAGUGGCUUUGGCCCGAGCAUUGAUCAGGAAACCCCGGGUCCUCAUCCUGGAUGAUGCCACCAGCGCCCUGGAUGGGAGCAGUCGGUUACGGCUGCAGCAGCUCCUCUACCACGGCCCCGAGCGCCACUCACGCGCGGUGCUCCUCAUCACCCAGCAGCUGAGCUUGGUGGAGCAGGCUCACCACAUCCUGUUUCUGAAGGAUGGCACCAUCUGUGAGCAGGGGACCCACCAGCAGCUCAUGGAGAAGAAAGGGUGCUACUGGGACAUGGUGCAGGCCCCUGUGCGCGCUCCAGAAUGAGAGGCCUCUGGGAUCUGCACCCCACCUUCCUCCCUUCCGUCCACGUCUCCAGCUCUCUGUGAUGCUGAGCUCAGCCCUGGAGCAGGAGUAGGAGCAGGAAGCUACCUGCUGCCCAGCUGUCAGCUGAGCUGGAACCCAACUGCUGGUGUGGUUGAAGUUUGCCAAGUGUUAACGCCCUGUCUCAGCUUCUUGUGAUGGUUCAGGCUUCAGUGUAACUGUUCUGUGGCCAGGGUGGAUGCUUUGGUUUGAGACGCACUCUGAGAAGCAGAAGAAAUAUCCAGGGCACAGAGAGGGGAAGACCCGAUGCCCUCAGUGUGACCAAAGGUCUGAGCUGGCUGGUGAAUGUCCUGCCAGGGUUCCUGAUAUUUAUAAUAAAAUGGCUGUUUUGCA